AUAACUUGCCUGCGAAAGCAAGUAAUUAAUUAAAAUGGAAAAUUAAUAGAUUGGGAGGGGUAGACGAGGAGAUCGGGCUUUGAUCCAGCUAGCCAAAUUGAUCAGCAGAGCAGGUAUCUACAUCAGGAUAUUCAGUAAAUUCCUGUAGCAGAUUUGUGCAGGAUAAAGAAGAAGACAGGUAAAUUAUAUUGAUUUGUAGAGCACAGGGAGCUUUAGAAGAAUUCUGUGAGGAAUUAAGGGCGACUGGUUUGGCAGUUGAAUGUGAUUGUUGCAGCAGAAGAAACUGGUGGAGGGAAAAGUCAUUUGACUGCAAGAUGGAGAAUUGCAGCGAAUUGGGUUAAAGUAGAAGCAGUAAAAUGAGCGGGGGGGUGAAGGAAGGCGCAGCAAGGGCAGUAUUGAAGGAUGUGUGGAGACAGGGGCACGAAAGCGUGGAGCUCAGACAGGACGGGAAGCGUGUGAUUUUCUUCUGCAGGCUCUGCUCCACACGCUGCUACAGUGACUCUGCUCUCUCCGACCAUCUCAACGGCAAUCUUCAUGCCAAAAGGCAGGCUCUCGCUUCUUGUUCUUCCUCUUCUCCUUCUCCUUCCUGGCCUUUUAAUGACGGCCUUGUUUUCCUCUUUCCCUCAUCUAAGACCACUACCCACAUUCAAUUACAACAAGAUAAUAGCAAUACCAAUAGCAGUGGCAGUAGCAAUCCUUUCCCUCUCCAGUGGAUGGGUUGUGGUCAUGUCUCCAUGAGGAUCCUCCACUCCUCUAUUAUUCCACCACAGCCUCCUCUGGUAAAGGCGGUGGCGGUGUGGUGUUGUUGGCUGGGAGAGACACAGGAGCACGCUGCCAGUACUAGUACCAGUACUGGCAACGCCAAGGAAUGUGAAUACGCCAUCGUCUCAUUUCCAUAUACUCACACAUUAGGAAGGGGUAGUAAUGGGGUUGGAGCUGCCCCUAAUGUUAAACUACAGUCUUCUUCUUCUUCAUCUGCAUUGGGCAUUGAGAGGAAGAAGAUAAGGAAAAAGAAGGGGAGGCCAUCCAAAUCAAAUAAUCAUUCCCACACCCUUGUGGAAGUGGAAGCGGCAGUAGAACAUAGGGAUAUGGAUUUGGAUAGAGAGGGGGAGGAGGAAGUGGGAUGUUCUUCUAAUGAGGGAGAGAGCCUGGGCAGGGACCUACUGAAGAGUAUGUCAAAUAAAGCCCUCAGACGAGCUUUUACAAGGCAAAGAUUAAAAGCCCUAGAAAGGCUAUGUUUUAUUUGUCAUCAGCAAAUGCUUCCCGGGAAAGAUGUAGCUGCCUUACUCAAUAGGAAGUCCGGGCUUAUUGCUUGCAGUAGCAGGAACAGGCGCGGGUCAUUUCAUGUCUUCCACACUUCUUGCCUUAUAGACUGGAUUCUGCUUUGCGAGUCAAAAAUCUGGCUUUCUCACUUCAAUGGUGGCAAAGGACCUCGGAGAGGAAGAUGGUCAGUUUUGGAACAAAGAAGAAAACCGGCGAGUAAGGGUAGUAGCAGUAGCAGCAGUAGUAGCUGUGGUUCAGUUUUCUGUCCUGAAUGCCAGGGCACUGGUCUGAAAACCCGAGCUGGGCAGUUGGAGGUUCCACGAUAUAAGCUUGCCCAGGUUUUUGAUUGGAUCUUGGAGUUGAUCCAAUCCCGAAAGUCGUGGAUUGAUCAUCCAGAACAACUGCAAGAAUGUGCAACUGGCCUUUUAUUUUGUCCUGCUGAUAGCAGUCAGGGGAAUGUAAUAUCAAUGCUGUUGCUUCAUUUCUAUGGUUUCAAUGGAACAGAGUUCGGUGCAAGAUGUGCCUGACAGAUUUCGGACCCUGCAAUGUUUAAUCCUCGGUUUUAUACUCUGGGGUCUUGUAUAGUGCUGCUUUAUAUUCUGGUCUGAUGAGAAUAUUGGCCUGUUUCACAUGCCUUGCAGUAAAUAUUUGUAUGCCUUAAUUUCGGAGGCAGUUAUCUGGUGUGAUUGAGUGCCAAAAACUCAAAUUGUACAAAAGUUUUACAUUUUAUUUUCUUUGUAUUGAUAAGCUUGUCAAAAGGUCAUGCCACUUUCUAUUGCCUGAAUUUGUAAUCAGUAAACUUUUCAGGGAAACUCUCUUAUUAUAAUUGAAAGCUCACCAUUCUCAA